AUGGAAUCCGACGUCCCUCUCAUCGAGAUCGCUGAAGAAGACGAUUCGCUGCUUCAAUUGAUCCAGGACGCGAGCAGUAACAGAAGUAAAAGCACCAGCGACGACGCCAUUUUCUUUUGCUCGCCUCUCCAACCCCGCAGAUCCAAGCCAGUCGUGGUGAAUGAGAAAUCCCAAAAACCAAGCUCUCCGUCAUGUAGAGAUAGUAUAGAUAAAGAGAAUAAUGGUAGUAAUGCAAACAAAAUAGAAGAACAAAAACUCAGCCUCCAGCCGCAGCAAAUGAAGAGGAAGAAGGGGGGAGGAUACAAUUUGCGUAAAAGCCUAGCUUGGGAUCGAGCCUUCUUUACUGAUGAAGGUGUUUUGAAUUCCGAAGAGUUAUCCCUGAUUAGUGGAAGUGCAAAUUCUAAUGGGUUGCUGUCAGUUAUCCAUGAAGACACAAAUAGCAUUGCUGAUUCAGAAGAUCUAGAGGUGAUUGAAGAAAAAUUAUUCAAGGUAUUGCCGGAAAGUCCUUCAAGUAAAGAUAGGACUGUUGGUGGCAGUUUAUUACCAAAGCGUGACUCAUCAGCUAAAGAUAAUGCGGCGCCAGGUUCUGCGGCCAAGCGGAAGGUGCUUUCAGCCCGUGAUAUCAAUAGAAGUGGCUCAAAACGCAGUGGUUGCCCUCGACCUUUGGCCUCCUCUUCAUAUCCUUUUGAUUAA